GUGGGAGCCUCUCUCUCUCUCUCUCUCUCUCUCUGCCGUGAGGUAUUGGUGGAGGAGAGGUGUGGAUGCGCCUCCAAAGUGCGCACGGGGAUCCAGGAACUUUUACGAUUUAGAGAAAGAACAAUGCAAGACAACUCCGAGCAAUAGCAACCGAAUAUGUAACGAACAUCAACAGAGGGUGUGAAAAGCAGCCAGCGGAAGAGCCAACGUUUUCCACAAAAGACUCAACACCAGCUGGUGUCAAGAGAAGCCCCCUUUGAUCACGUCAUUGAUUUCGAUUUUCCCAUCAUGCCUGUGAUCGCUAUCUGCACCAGCCAGCUGCUGUGGGUGCGUGUAGCUGCCGUGCUGUUCACCUGCGUGGCCUUCAGUGUUGCAGCACAUGGAGCUAAUCUAACUCGUGGAGGCAUGGCCGACUGGUGCAUCUUCUGCUGGGCGUUCAGCUUCGCCGGCACCCUGCUGGUCCUGCUGGUGGAGCAGUUUAACCUCCAGACGCGAGCCCCGGUGUCCUGGUCCAAUUUCCCCAUCACUAUCGCCUGCUACGGCUUCCUCCUGUGCCUCUCUGCCUCGGUCAUCUUCCCAAUCAUUUUCCUCAAGGAUGAUAAGUGGACCUACGGCAAAGAUCGAGACUAUCGUAUCACCGCUACUGUUUUCUCCUGCCUGGCAGCGGUAGCCUACCUGGGGGAGGUUAGCCUGACAAAAGCCAGGCCAGGAGAGGUGUCAGGUUACAUGGCUACAGCUCCGGGUUUGUUGAAGGUGUGCCAGACCUUUGUGGCUUGCGUCAUCUUCAUCCUGGUGAGCAACCCUGUCUCGUAUGAGCACCACCCAGCGCUCCAAUGGUGCUUGGCCGUGUACUGCAUCUGCUUCAUCCUCUCCAUGGCCGUGGUGGUGCUGUGUGUGGGCGAGUGCACCGGCUGCCUCCCAGUACCUUUCUCCAAGUUCCUGUCGGCCUUCGGGCUCCUGGCGGUUAUCAUGUACUUGACAGCCACCAUCAUCUGGCCCAUCUUCCAGUUUGAUAAAAAUUACAGAGUUCAAUACAACUCUUCAAAGUUGAUCACUGUGGCGGUGCUAACCGGCCUUAACUUCCUUCUUUACGUUGCCGAUCUGGCCUACAGUGCCAGGCUAGUGUUCGUCAGUGGCUGAGCGUGAAAGACAGGAAGUUGUUCGAUACAGUUAGUGUUAAAGAACAAAUAUAUAGAGGCUAAGCGCUUAUUUGGCAUUAUGGAAACGUGUAGCCGAUGUUGAAUGUCUCUGGUUGCUGUAAUUGGCCAUAUUCACAGAGCAGACAUUUUCUUCAUACAUAGUGCUCAGUGUGGGAAGCUCAAAUGUGGUUAAAAUGUCAUAAUGCUGUGUUCCAGGUUGCAGACAUAUGUAAUAAAUCUGACAGUUUUUAUAAUCACUGCUCUCUAAUUCCUCAGCCACUGAAAAGACAACAGGUGGUAGGGAAACUGAGUGCAUCAGUCAUAUUAAACAUAAGAUUACAUAUUUUAUAACUCAUUAGACAACAGCGUUCCCAGCAGUUCCUUCCUACAUAACAUUACUGUUGAAAGUCCCACCCGACGACACCAUAGGAAAGGAGAAAUUAUAAUAAUAAUAAUAGGUCAAUUUAAUUCUUAACAUAAAUGCUAGCAAGCUAACAUCCUACUGUUGGAGUGUUUCUUACAAUACAACAGGAAUGGAGUUGAUUAUAUUCCUAGCUUACAGUUAGCUAGGAUUCUACAUCUUUUCUUAUAAUGUAGCUUAUUGGCAAGUCUACUUGUUAGCAUUUAGCCUCCUAGAUUGCCGGCUUAGCCUACAUGCUAACCCUGUAGUAGCCAAUUGUAGCCUAAUGUUUGCGAGGAAUAAGUUAAUCAUGCAUCAAUGUUAGCAUGGAAGUGGCUGAUUACUAAAGUCAGAUCCUGUCGUGCAGUAGUUAAUAGGUGAUCAAAUAUGUUGUUCUAAUGUGAUAAUUGGCCCAUUAUACCUCUACAUGGUCUUUUCAGUUGCUGAUCACAUUGACCAAAACAUUUCUGAGGCAAUGAGAUGGUAAUGAUUUGUUAGACAAUCAUGUCUUCCUUCUAUAUUUAAGGACUUUCCCAGCACCUUCAAGAUUAAGCAUGCAGUCUUGCACUUCCUGUACUCCACCCCUGCACAGGUCUCUCAGUUUAACGGCCAACCAAGGUUCCUCAUUCCUCAGUCCUUACACAAUGUUACUAUGAGCCCAAACAUAUUAGCCAGUGAUAAACAAUUCAGUAUUUCUAAGAUAAGAGGCCAUGAUGUUGAAGUUUUCACCAUUUACAUUACAGCUUUGUCUUUAUUUGCCAAAGUCUCAUGGCUUAAAACAGUAUUUCCAGAAAACCAAACAAUAGGGAAAUAUGGUACAGUAAUAAUGCAUGUUCUUAAACAAAAAAUAAAACCUGAACAGGACUGUGAGGAUGCAUUAAGUUUGUUUUAAAGCUACAAAUUGCCGGCUUAGCCUACAGGCUAACCCUGUAGUAGCCAAUUGUAAUGUUUUCGAGGAAUAAGUUAAUCAUGCAUCAAUGUUAGCAUAGAAUUGGUGAUUACUAAAGUCAGUUCCUGUCGUGCAGUAGUUAAUAGGUGAUCAAAUAUGUUGUUUUAAUGUUAAUGAUAAUGAUUUGUUAGAUUAUUUAUGUUUAUAAGAUUUGCAACUUGUCACAAAGCAGUUAUAAUACAAUAUUAUUAGAGUUUGCAUUAGGGCUUCCUAAUGUGAGCAACCUAGUAGAAUGGCUGCCCUGUGAAUAUGGUGGAUUCAACCUUAGUUAAACCCUUUCCCUCUAGCCAAAGUCGAUUUUUCCAGCUUUUCUUCACACAAUGAAGCAAUGUGUGAACGGUGCUCGAAGAGUGGUGCUCUGCUUUCAAAAAAAUUUGGCGAGUAAUGUCUUUUUUUAUUUAGCCUGUCUAACGUAGAGUGAAACAAAAUUCAAGUUAAAGGACGUUAGCUCCGAGCAUUAGCAUGUCAGGCUAGCUAGCUUACUAGUUACAUUUAACAAACACUGGUUCCAAAACCAAAAACAUCCUUUAAGUGGUUGUAAACUUCUUCAUGUUUUUGUCUGGUUAUAAUGUAAUUUUUGUAAAAGCAACCCAUUCAAUAUGUCAAGUUUCAACUCCAGCAGCUUCAGUUAAUGCUAGAUAGCAUUCAAGUUGCCAAAUAUAUUCUUCCUGAAAGCCUUAACUUUUGCAGCGUUAAAGUAAAGCCAGUGUCGCUAAGAAGCCAAACAGUGUUAUGUUAGAACUAAUAACAGACUGAUUCAGAGUAUCUCUACAUUUAAUGUCUGAUGGAUUGCUCAUUUGAUGGUAUGAAUGCUUGUUUUUGUAGCUUUAGCCUCAGUCUUUUGAAACAUAGGCUGAACAUCAUACAUGUAGUCAUCAAUGAUAUAUUGAGACCUGUCACAGAGUUUUCUUUUGAAACAAGUCACAUGAACAUAUUACAAACUCAGCCAGUAUACCUUAAACUCAACUUUGUGGUGCUGAAGUUAGCUUAGCCUACAGUUGUCAACAUGCUAGCUGACAUACCAGCUAAGAAAUUCUGCCACCAACUGUUUCUGUAUCAGUUGGCAAGAGUGAUGUAUGUUGCUAAAAUUGCGAAAGCUUGUUUGUGUACAUCUGUCUUUGGAAUAUAAGAAGAACUUAUACAAUUUGUCAAGAUGUCAUUGUUAAUUGCUUUAAAAGCUUUUGGAUGACAAAAAGCUUGACAGACUUAGGAUGAGUAACUAAGGGUGCCUGGACUUGGUCAAAAAGGUGAAUUAAAAAAAUUAGAAAUUCUGUUGACACAAGACAAGCAAUAUUUCCUCCCCCCCCCCCACAAAGCCUUUCUGAAAUGUCAGUAUUUAUCCUCGAAUGUGAACUCACCUGAUGUGUCAAAAACAAUGAAAAUCCAAUAAAGUCACCACACUGUAACAGGGAAUGAGCAUUUGUAUUUAAUGUAUCUGAGGCACACAUAUCCUCUGUUUGUUGAUGGGGAAACCUCUUGUACUAAAAUCUCUCUAUUGUGACAUGUGAAAUAAUGUAGUUUGCGCAGAUAAGGAGUUCAGUUCAACCCACAUUUUAUUUCAAAGCAUGUUAUCAUUCAAAGGGUGUGUCAUGUCAUGACUACAGGUUUUUUAGCUUUCGUUGUGCAGCCAUGAAAAAGAAUUCAAACAUCCAUUUUUUGUUCUCUUAUAACCUUAUAAGGAAAAGAAAUGCGUGUGAGACAGCGAUGAAACCAGUUAGCAGACAAUAUAAGAUAUUUUGCGUGCAAGCGCAGGAGUCUGAUCCCCGGAGAAAAGACGAAACAGGUCGGUGGACUUUCAGCUCUAGACAGUUUUCACUCAUCACUGACAUCUCUUUCAGACGGUAAGCUACGAUCAACUCUUUUAAAAUGUAUUGAAACUGUUCACUCUGAUCUAAAAUGACCAACUUACAGUGUGGAGAUGCACACUUAUCCAUAAAAUGAUCACGUCGCAUGUCAAAGGCAAACUCAUUUCUUCAUAUCUGUACAAAAUGAAAAGAUAACACGAAAACCCAUGGCUGCAUGUGGGAUGCCUUCAAUAUCUGUUUCAUUCAUAUCAAAUAACAAAAUCAGAGAUCGCUCUCUCUCCUAUUUCUGUAGUCACAUUGGGUAACAACUCAAAAAUGUGUUAGUUUUGCGAGAGAAAUAAAUCCGAUGAGGAGAAACACAUGGAACAAUGUGGUGUUUGUGAAUGUUUCUUUUUUAGGCUGUAGAGCCAUUUUAACUUUCCAUCAAAUAAAAUGUGUCCAAUUGUGGGUUUUGUCUGACACUUUCAGACUAAAUCUAAAUUGAUUUUGUUUAAUGAAAAUUAAACUCUGUCACUGUUAUGACAUUGUUACAGUAAAAAAAAUGUCCAGUUCCUUUUACUGUCUU